AAGAAGUUUGUGAAUUUUUGGGGCAUGGUUUCAAGUAGUGAACGAUGAGGAGGAAAGUGAAUAGAAUGGCAAUUAGAAAUACAAUGAAAAUGUGUAAUUUUGUAUACAUUUUCUUGGGUUGAUGUUUUGAAGAAUGUGGAGAUGCACCUGUCAAUAAUAAGAAACCAAUACACCCCAAAGUCCACAAAAUACCAAUAUCCCAUCAGAGCUAUAAAGAUCAACAUCUGAGAACUUGAUUGUUUUUGUUUUUUUUUCCAGAGUAACUCUCUCGCUUACAAUCAUCAAAGAUGGUGAAGAAGAGCAAAAAGAGCAAGAGUAAGAGAGUUACGUUGAAACAAAAGCACAAGGUGACAAAGAAGGUGAAGGAGCACCACAAGAAGAAGGCCAAGGAGGCCAAAAAAUUGGGCUUGAACAAAAGGCCCAAGGUCGAGAAAGAUCCCGGUACUCCCAAUGACUGGCCUUUUAAGGAGCAAGAGCUCAAGGCCCUGGAAGCGCAGCGUGCUCGUGUAAUCGAGGAUUUGGAGCAGAAGAAAGCCGCCCAUAAGGAGAGGGCUAAAAAGAGAAAGUUGGGUUUAUUAGAGGAUGGUGGUGAUGAUAUUUCUAAACUGGGAGAUAUAGCUUCUGCAAAAGAGCAAAAUUUCAUAGAGGGCAAGGAUGAUGAUGCUUUGACUUCUACUGGCAAAAUUGGGGAAAAUUCAAAGAGGGCUUUCUACAAGGAGUUGGUCAAAGUCAUUGAAGCAUCAGAUGUCAUUGUGGAAGUUUUAGAUGCUCGAGAUCCACUUGGUACCCGCUGUGUCGAUAUGGAAAGGAUGGUGCUCAAAUCAGGUGCUGAUAAGCAUCUUGUGUUGCUUCUUAAUAAAAUAGGUAAUGACUCUCUCUCUCUCUCUCUCUCUCUCUCUCUCUCUGUAACUAAUAUCGCUCACAAAGUUUACAGAGAGUGA